AUGGUUCAAACUAGAAAAGAAAGGAAGGCAGCAGACAUCAAGCUAGCUCACCCCGACCGAUCCGGUCCCAGCGAAGAGACCUUAGUGAAGCUCGCGGAAGAUCGCAACCUUUUUAAGCAAGCUGAACAGCAUAAGGGGAAACAACUAGAUGAGAUCGAUGAUGAAGAACCCUUAUCCCCAAGGGCCGAGAGAAUCAUGGACGCCAUCCUCUGGAGCGUUAGUUUGUCAAUGCUACAUUUUACCCUUGACGUGCUUGUCCAACAUCAAUAUGCCGUCUCUAUCGAAUGGCCUCGGAUUGUAAUAAGGACAAUGCAGGCUUGUGCUGUAUUUACGUUGCUCAUCUAUGUGCUCCAUCCACACCAGGCUUUCCCAAGGUUCUGUCCCGGAUUACCAUUAAGAUACCAGGAUCCGCUGCGGCAGACUAUUUUCUUCGUUGCUAGCAUCUGUUCCGGUUGCUAUCUAAUUCACAUCUCAAAUAAAUACAGCUAUCUUGCUGUUAUGAAGCAAUCACCACCAUUGGGUUGUAUCUGGGUUUGGUCCGUUAUCGAACUAAAUUUACCUCUUGCUGUACUCUCUUUGGCUGUCGCAGGCGGAUUCUUCGUACAGGGCGGAUACACGAUGAAGGCGCCAUAUUAA